GCAGGCCUUAACGAGCCUUAGCCGAAUCGAGUUGACUCGAGUUUUGUCGGGUAUGUGUCAUUUACUAAUCGAGCGGGUAUAUGCUUUUACGGGUGAGUUUUUUUUUUUUUUUCACGAGUCGAGUUUAAUUCGAGUUUAACCGGGCGAGUACUGAGCAGGCUAUUGAACAAACUGGUUCAUUUACAGCCCUACUACUGGAUGUUUGGGUUGUCCCUCUUUUAUGUUGGGAUUUGUAGUUGAGUGAUUUGAUGAUUGGUUGACGAUGGGAGGGGCUCUUGUUUAUAAUGUUGUGGUCGGAGGAAGGAAUGCUUGUAAAAAUGUGAGUUGGUGUUCCAAUCGGCCAGCGGUCCAAAUAAACAGAAAUCGACGUUGGUUUGUUUGAUUAGGGUUUUAAUUGUGAAUAGACUAAACUAAUAUAUUUAUAUUUUUUAUUUUAUUCUUAUAUAAAACGACUAUGUUUAACUUAAGUUGGUUAAACGAUGCGCCAUUUUAUAACUAUAUGUUAGAAAAGAUAAUAAUAAAAAUAACGAUGUUUGGAUUAAUGCACCAAAUUGUGUCGUUUUGGGUUAGAGCUCGAGUCCCCUCUCCCGUCUUCUUCAUUUAUUGUCUCCUCCCGUCGUCUAUCACACUAUCUCUCUCUCAUCUCUCAAACCUCUUACAGUCGCAAGCAGCUCUCCCUCAGCCGGCCUCCGUUUGGUUUGGCUGUCCCAUCUCUCUUUAUCAUCUCUCAGACUUGUCACUUCUUGUGUCACUCAUCUCUCUCUCUCUCUCUCUCUCUCUCUCUCACUCAUCUCUCUGUUCGGUUGAAUCUUUCCCCCUUUACGCCGGUAAUCACGUCACCCCAACACCGCUCUCUCUCUUGCAUUGUUGAUUUCCCAUCGGUGUCCCAUAACCAGUCACAUACAGGAGCAAUGACUUCAGUAAACAUUCGUGCACUGCUUCUAUUCUCCGCAAUUUUUCGUGUGAUUCUUAUUCUCUAUGGAGAAUGGCAAGAUAGUCAUAUGGAGGUUAGAUACACAGAUGUUGAUUACCUCGUCUUUUCUGAUGCUGCUUCUUUAAUGGCUUCAGGAGAUUCCCCAUACAAAAGAACAACAUAUCGUUACUCUCCUUUGCUCGCAUUUCUACUUAUUCCAAAUACAAUCAUUCAUCGCUCAUGGGGGAAAUUUCUCUUUUCAGCUUCUGACUUGCUUGUGGGCUUGUUUAUCCGAUCCAUUUUGAAGCUACGCAGGGUACCUGAGAAUCUAUGCACCUAUUCUGUGAUGAUAUGGCUCCUCAAUCCAUUUACCUUCACUAUUGGAACUCGUGGGAACUGCGAGCCCAUUGUUUGUGCUGUGAUUUUGUGGAUCAUUAUCUGUCUUAUAAAUGGUAAUGUGUUGCAAGCUGCAUUUUGGUAUGGGCUUGUUGUCCAUUUUAGAAUUUAUCCCAUCAUCUAUGCACUUCCUAUUAUCCUGAUUCUUGAUUCAAACUUCUUCCAUUCUGGUCAGAAGCCAUUCCUUAGUUAUUGGACUGCUGGUCAUGGAAAGACAACCCAAAGCAGUACUGAUGUGACUUGUCACUGCAAUAUGCAGAAUGUAUUGACGAAAAUAUUUACUAGGCAGAGAGUUAUGUUUGGACUGGUAUCUGCAAUUGUUUUCUUUUCUUUCACUGGUCUUUUCUUCUACUUGUAUGGGUGGGCGUUCUUACAUGAGGCACUGUUGUACCAUCUUACUCGAACAGAUCCAAGACACAACUUUUCUGUCUAUUUCUAUCAUAUAUAUCUCCAAUAUGAAAAUGAGAUUUCCGUUCUGGAAAAGCUCAUCUCUUUCUUGCCUCAGUUCAUGGUACAGCUGGUUCUCAUUUUCUGCUUUGCACAGGACUUCCCAUUCUGUUUUUUUGUGCAGACUGUGGCCUUUGUAGCAUUUAAUAAGGUAAUUACGGCACAAUACUUUGUGUGGUUCUUUUGCUUGUUGCCUCUAAUUCUACCAUGGAGCAGUAUGAAGCUUAAAUGGGAAGGCAUAUGUUGCUUUUUUGUGUGGAUGGGAGCUCAAAUCCAUUGGUUGAUGUGGGGGUAUAUGCUUGAAUUCAAAGGCAAGAAUGUCUUCCUACAGCUUUGGAUGGCAAGCUUGGCGUUCCUGGCUGCAAAUACUCUUGUACUUAUCAUGAUCAUUCGCCACCAUCGGUACUCUCCAGUAUUUCGACAUCUAGAGCUCGAGAGUUCCAAGAACUCAGUAAAACUUGAGUGAGGGAUGAGACCCCAUGACUGUCCAAAGUUGAGAAUCGGUAUGGUCUUCCGCAACGUCAUCGGCUAUUGCUUUGGGAAUGUACAACCAAUAUUUUAACACUUGAAAAGGAUCUUGAAUGGGUUAUGGUAACCAUAGAGCGUUCAAAACCCAUUAUCUUGUGUCCCAAGAUAUGGGAUGGUACAGUUGUAUCCAAACCUUUUCAUGCCUUCCUCGGGCAUUGUGUUAAAAGAUCAACUAUUGAUCUAAAAGUUCUAGAAUUUUUGGAUA